AUGCCUAUUACUGAAAUCAGUAGUCUCUCAAGGAAUCUGGCUGCAGUGGUGGGUGUCUUUAGAAACCUGAGGCAUCGGAAUUUAGUCCCACUUAAGGGAUGUUGCAUGGUUGAUGAUGAUUAUGGAGGAAAACAGAGAUACCUUAUUUAUGAAUACAUGGUGAAUGGUAAUCUGGAUGACCAUCUCUUUUGGGGUUCUGCAAACCAAAGUGGGGCACUUAGAAAACCAUUAACAUGGCCCCAAAGGAAGUGCAUAAUAUUGGAUGUGGCAAAAGGGCUAGCUUAUCUCCAUCAUGGAAUAAAACCUGCAAUAUAUCAUCGGGACAUAAAGGCUACAAACAUUCUUUUAGAUUCAGAAAUGAGAGCAAGGGUGGCUGAUUUUGGGUUGGCAAAAGAAAUCAAGGAAGGGCAAUCUCAUCUCACAACCAGAGAGGCAGGCACUCAUGGCUAUUAGGCCCCUGAAUAUGCACUUUAUGGGCAGCUAACUGAGAAGAGUGAUGUCUACAGUUUCGGGGUAGUUGUUUUGGAGAUAAUGUGCGGAGAAGGGCCCUUAUUGUCAGCUUUAGGUUCCUCUACGACUGUUUUAAUAACAGAUUGGGCAUGGUGUUUGGUUAAAGAGGGGAGAUCAUAAGAGGUUCUUGACCUCUUGUUAAGAGAGGGGGAUAACUUGGAGUUAAAUCCAAGGGGAAUUAUGGAAAGAUUUGUAGGAGUUGGUAUUUUGUGUGCCCGUGUUAUGGUUGCAUUAAGACCUACAAUAUCAGAUGCACUGAAAAUGUUGGAGGGUGAUAUUGAAGUUCCUCAAAUUUCAGAUCGGCCUAUGUCAUUUGGACAUCCAUCUUUCCAUAGAGGUUACAGCAUAUCACCGGUCUUGAGUGGCCUGCAUUUAAAUUCUGGUGAGAUGUUUAGGUAA